UUUUCAGGACAUACAAAAACCCCGAAGUUUUCUAUACCUUCGCUGCAGUUUGGAUUUUUGAAUUUGGAAUGCAUUUUUUAAGUUUUUUUUAUGCCUUUGUAACAUUGUAAGCUUUGAGUUUAACUUUGUAAGUUUGAUCCCCGAAUAUAUCCCAGAUCACUUUACAUGCUUUUGUGAUCCUCUUUUGAAAAAGAUCUCGCAAUGUAGACGUGCAACGUCUUCGAGAACAUGAAAAACAUGUUUAUUCAUGUUUGGAAUCUUUAGCGGUUGCUGGUUUUACCAUACUUCUCCUGUAUGACAGCUUUCUUCUCCGCUGGGUACCUUUCUUACCUUGGCUUUUUCCAAAGCUUUUCAACGUCUUUUUCUGCAUUGUUGAAUCCUGGUAUUACAAAUACGCCGUGGUCGACUUGUCGUAAACUACCCCGUUCUUCUAUCUCCAGCUUGAAUACGUCCUUAAGUAUUACGGUUGUCAUCGCUGAGUGGUAGCUGCUGCUGCUUUCUACAAUGGCGUCAUAUCCUAAAGGAGCGGUAACUCGGAUUGAGUUGCACAACUUCAUGACUUACGAACAUGUUAUCCACUACCCAGGACCCAGAAUCAACUUCAUCCUGGGUCGCAACGGAAGUGGCAAGUCGUCGAUCGUCUGCGCUAUCGCUCUGUGCUGUGGAUCCACACCGUCGUUUAUUGGACGUGCUCAACACUUGGCGGAUUUUAUCAAGCACGGAAAAACGUCGGCCUCCGUGGAACUGAUACUGUCCAACCCUGGAGGAAAUCCUAUACGUGUACGACGGAUAAUUUACCGCUCUGCGCGAGGGAAUGAAUGUUGGUUUAAUGGCGAGAAAGUGACGUUGGAGGCGUACAUGGAACGCAUCAAGGAACUGAACAUCAUGACGGACAAUCUGGUGCAGUUUCUGCCGCAGGAGCGUGUCAUUGAUUUCAGCCUCAUGAGUCCGAUCGCACUCCUGGAAAAUACGGAAAAAACGAUUGGCCAGCUGAAUCUGUUUAAAAUGCACGAGGAACUGAAAACCGCUGGCAAUAAAUGGAUGGACGUGGGUGUGGAGAUUGAUCGAUUGCGCAAAUCUCUUGAUGAUGCACGCGAUAAGGAAGUUCAGCUGAAGCUGGAUGUCGACAAUUUGGCUGCUCAGGAAAAAUUAGCCACAGCUAUGGGAUUGGCUGCGCUGAAAAAGGAUCGCCUGGCACUUGUUGAUCAGCAGGAGGAACUGAAGAAUACCAGGAAAGGGUUAGACAAAUUCAGUAAAGACCUGAACUCCUGUGCCAAAAAAAUCUUACCAUUCCAAAAGAAAAUAGCAAAAGGGAAAGCAGCGUAUUCACUGGCCACUCGCAGCAUGGUUCAGGCUAAACGAACAGUCGAGGAAAAGAUUGCGAAGUUUCGUCCAGAUGUUUAUGCUUCAGAACCGGAUAAGCUGCAACACGACAAUGUUGCCGAUCAAAGCAAAUUGACAGCAUAUAAACGUCAACAUGAGGAGCGACAAAAUAAGAUCGGGCUGUUGGAGAAUGCGGUUACUAAUCUUCGCGCUCAAGCGGCACAGAUGGAUGUGGGCGACACUAAGGAACGGUUGACCCAGAUAGGCCAGGAAGCCAAACGUUUGCGUGAUCAAGUCGAUGCAUUGGUACGGGAAAAGAACGUGCAGAUCACUCACAAAAGGAAAGUCGAGGAUGAAAUCCAGAAUAAACAAGCUGAUCUCCAGCGCCUGGAGCAGUCGGACGAUGAACGUGUGCGAUUUUUGCGUCAGCACAAUGAGUCCACCUACCGGGCCUAUCAGUGGGUGGAACAAAACCGAAAUCAGUUUCGCGGGCAGGUGUAUGGUCCGCUGUUUUUGGAGAUAAAUCUAAAAGAAAAAAGUGAACAACACGCGGCGAUGAUCGAAUCUCUCAUCCCUCGGGAAUUUCUCAACAUGUUCAUUUUUCAAGAAGAUGAAGAUUUGGAUCUGAUGAUGUCGGAAGUAGUCACAAAGAUGCGAGUGCGUGUGCCUUUGAAGCGUGUUCCGAUGGGAACGCCAAUGAAGCCAGCUGUUGAUCCUAAUCAGCUGCGACGACAAGUCGAUUGUCAGACUCUCGUGGCAGAUCUUUUUGAAGCCCCGGAACCUGUCUUUGUUUUCCUCUGCAAUCGUUUCCAGAUGCUCAACAUUCCGGUUUACUCUAACUGGAACAAUGAUUUUUUGGCUAACUUUAAGCGCUCAAUCACCGUUAACGGACGUUUGCUUACAAGAAAAAUGUUUGCGGGAAAAUACAGUUUUUCGUUCCGUACCACGAGAUUUAGUUCGAAUAUUGCCACAACCAACGUGGAAACCCGACCCUCACAACUUUUGGAACGUGUAAUGCAUCUGCGACGCGGCAGACCCGAUGUGGCCCCGUUUUAUGCUGAACUAGAGCAGCUGCAUACGCGACUUCUUGCGAUUACUGAGAAAGAAAAGACAGUUCAGGAAAUGGUUACUGCCAAACAGGAGGAGUACAGCACGGUCAAUCGUGAGCUCGGGCAAGGUCGCACUGCUAUCCAGGAAGCGGAAAGACUUGCGCGUCGUAUUGCAGAUACUGAAAAAGAGGUCGAUAAACUGCGAGCAGUCAUUUUUGAUUUUGCUGCUGAGCAGCGAAAAGUGGCUGAAACGGUGAAAGCACGCAACACUGCCGCGUUGAAAAAGCUUCUGGGAAAUUUCGCCUUAAAUAAUGUGCCUGGUGAACUACUGAAAGAGUCUAUUACGAUCACAGUGGAUUAUGCGAAAGCACGCGGGGAAAUGCAGAAGCAAGGAAAGACGCUUCGAAAGCACCUGCAAACUAUCGCAACCACUUGGAAUAAAUAUGGAAAAGAAAUUAAACAGCAUGACCGGCAACUUCGGACUUACAAAGAUGGCCUAAACAAUCAUAUUGAACGCAUAAAAGAUAUCCCAGGCUCGGCGAACGGUCGUCUCUCUGCUGAAGCCCUACAGCAAUAUGUGGCGCUGUCGGCAGAUAUGCAACAGUUGGAAAACCUCCAACGUGCGAAGCGUGCCCAACUAAAUGCAGCUGGAGACAUUAACAUUAACGCUCGUCGCGAUCUGGAGAAACACGUUGCCUCCAUGCGAAACUUGGAAGAAAAGAUUGCCGAGAAGAAUAGCAGUGUGGAGAAGGAGAAAGAGCGCAUGGCUCGGCUGCGCUCCACUUGGAUGAACACCAUUGAUGAUUUGGUUACAAAAAUUGGCAACAGCUUUUCUGACUUCUAUAAAUUGAUGAAUCUGGCUGGAGAUGUCGUGCUUCUGCGCCCGAACAAUCCGGAUCACUUUGAAAAUUACGGAUUUGAGAUUAAGGUGUCUUAUCGUACCAAUCGUCCUCUGGAAACACUGAGCGGCCAGGUGCACAGUGGUGGAGAGAAAAGCGUGGCCACGGCGCUGUAUAUGCUAGCCAUCCAGGAACUGACCAAAUGCCCUUUCCGUGUCGUGGAUGAAAUCAACCAGGGGAUGGAUGCUGACAAUGAACGACGCGUCUUUAAAAUGAUUGUGGAAACUGCGAGUCGGUGUGGAGGACAGUAUUUCAUUCUUAGUCCAAAGUUGCUGCCCGAUCUCCACCUGACCAAAGAUGUGACGGUCACCGUGAUCUUUGCUGGGAGUGAAAUGCAUUCGGGAUUGCGAUUGGAACCGUGGUCGUUGGCGAGCAUUAUCAAAGCCAUGGUCCGCUUGAACAACGUUAACGGUACACCGAUGGUACUGGGACAAUCAAGCGCCUCUCUGUCUCGUGGUCAAACUGACAUCCGUAAGCGGGCACGAGAGCCGACCCUAGUCGAAGAUGAAGUGGAGACCAGCCCUACUUCACUGAAGGAAAAUCCUGUCAUCACUAAUCGACGACGAAGCCGACAGCAUGAACGGGAAUCAAGUCCAGAAAUCGCGGCACCGAACAGCAGCAGCAGUAGUAGCGGAGACAGUUCUAUGGAAAAUCGUCCGGAUGAAACAAUGCUGACCGUCACCAACGCACCGCAAGUCGCCAGCAAAGCAUCGAAACGGGAGCGCUCCGCCGCCACCGCUGCUGCCGUUCCGUUUUCUAAACGUACUCUGCGCACUGCUGCAAACGGCGCAAUGCCUGAUCGCGCUGUGAGUACUCCGGUUGCCCAACGUAAUCAACAGAUGAAUGUGACAUUCGGCGCUGAUAUCAGUGCCAUUGCCAGUCAGUCGCUUCUUCCUCCCACACAGAAAUCUCAACGGCGAAAAUAGUUUUGAAUGGUGAAGUAGAUGAUAUUGGUUGUUAAAGUUUUUCAUUCGUUGACUCUGUGGUUGCUUUUUGCUGAGAUGAAUACGUUUUUGAGAUUGAGGUUUUAUGCUUUUUCAUUCCAUAUUUUUGUGUAUGCUUGUUUUAAGUGUUUUCGUUCGUUUUGGGUUGUUUUUGUAAGGAUUUCAUAGCAUUGAUCGCUUUUUAAUUGCGCUAGCAUGCCAUAAAAAC